AUCUACGACAUACACCCUGAUCUUCUGCAUCCGGAACUGGAAAGCCGACGCAUCUGUGCGAGAAACCUGUACUUUUCUAUGUGGUUCGUAUUCGUGGGUCCGGUAGUCUAGCCAGCAGAGAUGUCCCGUGGAUCCCCUGCUUGCAAUCUGCAUUACACCGUGGUCAAGGGUCCCACAUCCUGUGAUACGUCACCGUCCACGUGAAGGUGAUGAGAACAUUCACAGGAAUGGAGGAGAGGAUAACUACUACAGAAUCAGCAUGUCGAACAGUAGUGAGUUUUCCUGGUUAUGCAAACCUGCCCAUGAUGCUUUAACCUGCAGGGAUGGACCCUGGGCCCAGAAUAGGCAGCAGAGGGAGGAUGAACGUGCCUGGAACAGCUCUGUGGACUGGCUGGAGGAGAACAGCCUGGAGAGGCGUGGCCUCACUUUGCCCCGCCUCCUCUCUCAGCGCUACACGGCCUCUGCGUCUCCGAGAGAGGAUGUGGGCUGGACACAGCAGGAGAUCAGUGCUGAGUCUCUCUCGGACUUUGAGACGCAGCUUCACCAGGCGAUUGAGUUGUACCACAGCAGAAUACAGUGGCUUACGCAGCGCAGCCGCAAGAUGUUUGGAGUGGUGAGAGGGUGCAGACUGGGAGUUCUUAUCGACUCAUCCGACUGGACCUGUUCUGAAGACAAGCUGGCAGAUCUGCAGCACCACCUGCUGCUACUCACAGAGGAGCAGUUUCACAUGAAGAAGCAGCUUUAUUUCAUCUCGUUUGGUACUGACAUCACCAGCCUGUGGGACCAGCCAAGAGACGUCACCCCAAGGAGGCUACAUGAGGCCCAGCAGUGGCUCCUGCAGCUGAUGCCCAGUGGUGCCUGUAACCUGCUGCAGGCCCUGGAGCACGCACGGGGCCAUGCACAGCUCGACACCCUGCUCCUCGUCCUGGGCUCCCGCCCUGACCAGUCUCCAGACACAAUAGUGGACUACAUGGCCCAGAGCAGCCAGGAGGGGGCGCUGACGGUCCAUGCCGUCGCCUACAACUGCUGCAGCUCUCAUGCUAUUGACACUGUGAAAAACAUGGCUAAAGUCACCGGUGGAAGGUAUCACCUGUAUUCAGCUGCACUGGGCGUGGUAGACAGCAGCACUGAUUUGGAGCUGUUGUGGGCUGAGAUCAAAGCUGCUCAAAACUUGCUUCAGCAUGUUCAGGACAUGCCGCAUGGACAACUGGUAGUGCAGGUCUGUUCUGAAUUGGACAGUCUGUCUCUAGCUGAUGUGAGCUGUGGUCCAUGUGUGGAGAUCUGUGUCGAGCCUCCAGCUCCUCUGCCAGCUACCUCUGCUGACUGGCUGAGUAGCCACAGCCUGGAAGCUAAGCAGCUGGACCUGUACCAGGUGCUCGCCCCUAACGCCUACGCCCCUCUGGAGGGCUACGUCCCCAUCCUGGGGAAGAGCAUCCACUCAACUGUGCAUGAGAGAGCCAUGGAACAGUUCACAUGGCAUGAUGGGACAGUGAAGAAUGUGCAUGUGGAUCUGCCAUCACUGAAGAAUUACCAGAGUCGGCUCUUGGAGGCGGAGCGAGUGUUGGAGCGCAGGGCUGAGUGGUUGAGCAACACUGCUAGCAGGCAGAUCUGGGGCACAGUGUGUGAGCAGAGAGUGCAGGUUCUCCUAGACGUGUGUGGGACGAACGCCCCCUAUCAGCUGCACAUGCGGCACGCUGUCCGACUGCUGCUACAGGAGCAGCUGCCCAGUACACACAGCUUCAGUAUCAUCGCCUUUGGCUCAGAUGUCAAAUCAUGGAGAAAGCACCUGGCUCCGCCCACUCACGAAAACCUUCAGGAGGUCUGGCAGUGGGUUCAGGCACUGGAGUGUGGAGGGGGCCGUAACACCCUGGCUGCUCUCAGACACGCCAUGGGGGCGGAGCUACAGGGUGACACCGCCCUGACCCGGGGACUGUAUCUCCUCACCACUGGCGUGCCAGACGAGGACACGGUGGAGGUUUGUGAUUAUGCGGCAGCGUCAUGCCACGCUGCAGGUGUACGCCUCCACGUGUGCCUGCUCACCAGGGAGGAGGGGCCUGUGUGUUGCCAUGACACCUGGUCUAAGACAGCCGCGGCCCUGCGUAAUCUGGCGCACGCCACCAAUGGCCGCUUCCACUGGAUCACUGACAUGGGCAUCGUGGAGAGUGAUGAUAUAAUUUUGCUGGUUGGAGAAAUGAAGAAGGCUGUUGAUUACUGGCAGAAGUGCAGUGACUUAGUGGACUCGCUGCUACGGCGGGGCUCCGGCGGCGACUCAGCGGAGGCCCUGUCUCCACAGUGCUGCAGCCCAGCCUCAGGGCCCCCGGCUCGGGCAUGCAGACCCGGACCGUCUGCUCCCAGACCCACCCGCCUCAGCUUGGCCAGGCUGAGUAGAGAUGCGGCAGAGCCCAAGGAUGUGAAGAGGUCGUCGGUGUGGAGACCGAGCAGUGCUAAAGCAGUCAUCCCCGCAGUGAGCUCAGAGGUCAGGCCAGUGCAGUCUGCCGAACACAGGAAGGUCGCAUGUUCCCAGUCUGUCUUCUACUUGGAGAACGGCAUGCUGGGUGCAGUUUUUAGGACGUACCUCCAACCAAAGAGCACGCGAAAGUGUAGUAGCACAGCUAAACUCCCCAAACAUGAGGAUGUCUGCUCUACCAAACAGUGGCUGAAGCGCUUUGGGAUCAGGAGUCUGGAUCUAGACCUGCACAAGCUGGUGUCCGGGCCUGAGUGCGCACACCGCCGGACGCUGGUGCCCACCGUCCACAAGAGUGUCUCUGCCAAAUACUGUGACAUCUUCCCCAGCGUACAGCUGAAGGGACGUCUCCGGCACCUGUUUGUGAGCCCGGGCGAGUUGAGGCAAUACCUGCUUCAGGCUGAGAAGGUUCAGCGGCGGUAUGCGCGGAGAACGCAGUGGCUCCUCUCAGGGAGCAGGCGUGUGUUUGGCUGUGUGCUCGAGCAGGCCGUGUGUCUGGUCCUGGACCUGUCUGGCUCCAUGGCCUCUGGCCUUCCCGGGCUGCAGAGAGAGCUGCCCACGCUGAUCUGGGAUCAGCUGCAUGCUAAUGGCGUGAGGUUUAGCAUGCUGGCGUUCUCUGGGGAGGUGCAGGUGUGGCAGGCAGAGCUGGUGGAGGCCACGGAGACGCGGUGUAGAGAGGCGGUGCAGUGGUUGGGCCAGCUGAACGUGCACGGAAGCACUUCCGUCCUACAAGCACUCCAGGCGGCGUGUGCGUUUGGAGACCCGCUGGGCGUGUAUGUGGUCAGUGAUGGGAAGCCUGACUGUAGUCGCAGCCUGGUGCUGAGGGAGGCGGAACGGCUGACCGCUGGGAAGGCUGUGGUCAUUCACACCACCACCCUCAGUGGCCUGGACAGCACGGCCAGGGACUUCCUGAAGAGCCUGGCCCAUAAGACAGGAGGCCGCUUCCACCAGACACCUUCGCACGCCGACACGCAAACAAUCAAUCAGCUCCUGGCCCAGGGGUUCAAAGAGAGAGAGGAUGCUGCACUCCCAGCAUUUGAAGGUGAUGAUCUCAGGAGAUUGAAGGAUGAGAUUGAAAAGUUGAGAAUGUUCCAGAAACAAGCCAAAGCUUUCAGGGAAAUUAUAUUGGAGAGGUACCCAGAAGCAACUGAACCAAAAUAAAUAAAUCAACACAUUUUGCAAAAAGUAAUAUUUUGGACUAUAACAAAUUUAAGUAAUGAGUUUAUUUGAUACAUGUUUAUCUCCCAACACUACUACUGUGUGUGUAUGGAACUGAAUAUAUAAGUAGUUUUUCAAACAAAUUAUUUUCUGAAUCUAUUUAAAGUACUUUAAUUUUCAGGAACCGUUAUACUGUACGUUUUAUGCUCUAUUUCAUUAUAAAGCAAAAUGACGUGUUGCAUUGCUCUGGCUAACUCUGGCUGUGUGUGUGUGUGUGUGUGUGUGUGUGUGUGUGUGUGUGUGUACGAGUGUACUUGCUGAACUUACCCUGCUGAUCAACUUGAUCACACCCUGAGCAAGACCCUUAACCCUCAAUUGCUCAAGUUGUACUCAGUCAGAAUUGUAUGUCUCUUUGGAUAAAAGCGUAAGCUAAAUACCGUAAAUGUAAACAUAACCGGUAUCAGUAUCAGUUAGUAUCAGUAAGUGAUUAAUGACUAAACCUCAAGUUAAUGUCUAUUGAUUAACCCUGAGUGUAAGUAAUAAAACUGGUUCUGGGCUUGAUGCUUGGGUGACACAUUGUCAGCUGACAUAUGCAUUAUAGUUUAGAGGAUCUCAUUCUCUCGUUAAAACAUAACUUCUUUUCAUCUUUAUUGUUAUUGUAAACCAUCACUGAGUCUGUGAAAGGCGAUAUAUAAAUGUAACUUAUUA